GCUUGUGUGGCGAUUUUGAGGAAUUCCUAGAAUGUGGUUUGAUUUUCCUUCACCAGUCCUUUAGAGGAAUUGGCACAGACAUUGCCAUGAAACCCAACUUGAAGCAAUGGAAACAACUAAUGCUGUUUGGAAUAUUUGCAUGGGGCCUCCUCUUCCUAGUUAUCUUCAUCUAUUUCACAGAUAGUAACACCGCCGACGCAGUUCCAAGUUCCUUCUCCUAUAUUGAGACUAAAAGGCUUUUGCCCAUUCAAGGCAAACAGAGAGUUAUCAUGGGAGCAAUACAUGACCCUUCCUUCUCUGAAACAAUGGAUGGGAAUGAGGUGCUUCUCAACAAAGAUGUCUUAGAUUCAUUUAAAUCAGGGACUGGGAGCAUUAAAAAGUGGACUGACCUAGAUGAUGGCUUUGAAAGUGAAGAAGAGUUUUUUCCUUCUCAAUUAAGAGGAAAAUCAAAAAGUGCUUUCUAUCAAAGGGAUGGUGAUUAUUUAUUUGCUGCUGGUCAGCCUCGGUCACAUAGCAGUGUUCAGCGAAUAGUGAAAUUAAUCUCUGCAGAGGGGGAGGAUCAGAAGAGAAAUGCUUUGCAGAAUAAUUGGCUCCCUCAAAGGAAGAUAAAGAAAAGACACGCACAGCAUAGGAGAAGCCAGAUGUUUGAAGAGUCUGAUGAAUGGGAUGGAAUAUAUUCCACAAUGUCAAAAUCUUUCCUUUAUAGGCUUUGGAAAGGGGAUGUCUCCUCCAAGAUGCUGAACCCUCGCCUUCAGAAAGCAAUGAAAGAUUACUUGAAUACCAAUAAGCAUGGGGUGCGGUUCAGAGGAAAGCGAAACUCCAAACUGACUUCAGAACAGCUCUUCUGUGAGCUAAAGGCACGUGUAAACAUCAGAACCAUUGAUGGCAAAGAAGCCCCCUUUUCUGUCCUUGGAUGGGAAAAACAUGUCCCCCAAAUUUCUCUGAGUAAACUAUAUCCACAUGGGUUUGGAAGCUGUGCUGUUGUUAUGUCUGCUGGUGCCAUUCUGAACUCUUCUCUAGGAGAUGAAAUAGAUUCCCAUGAUGCAGUUCUGCGAUUCAAUUCUGCUCCAACACGAGGGUAUGAAAAAGAUGUUGGAAACAAAACUACCAUGCGCAUCAUUAAUUCCCAAAUACUUACUAAUCCUAGCCAUCACUUCAUUGAGAACUCGUUAUAUAAAGAUGUUAUUCUAGUUGCUUGGGAUCCUGCUCCCUAUUCUGCAAAUCUGAAUGUGUGGUAUAAGAAGCCAGACUACAACUUGUUUACUCCCUAUGUACAGCAUCGCAGGAAGAAUCCAAAGCAGCCAUUUUACAUUCUCCAUCCAAAGUUUAUAUGGCAACUCUGGGAUAUCAUUCAGGAGAACACUAAGGAAAAGAUACAACCCAACCCUCCAUCUUCAGGUUUCAUUGGCAUCCUCAUCAUGAUGUCAAUGUGCAGCGAAGUGCACGUAUACGAAUACAUUCCUUCAGUCCGACAAACUGACCUUUGCCACUAUCACGAACUCUACUAUGACGCAGCUUGUACCUUGGGGGCUUACCAUCCACUUCUUUACGAGAAAUUGUUGGUGCAGCGGAUGAACAAAGGCUUCCAAGAUGAUUUGUACCGAAAAGGAAAAGUGAUUUUGCCAGGGUUCAGGUCAGUCAAAUGCCCUGGACAGCAUCGAUUCCCAUACACAUAAGAGAGGAUCUUUUUAGAACAAUGUGCAAUAAGGUGCUACUGUCGUACUUCUAAACAACAAAAAUACUUGAAAAGUGGAUCCUAGACCAACCUAGUCUUGAGUCUAUAAACUGUAACAAAGUAGUAGGCAUGAGGGAAGUUGUUGCUUCUGAGGCCUAAGUAUUUAUUAUUGCUUUGCAGAUAGUGAUUUAAAGGCUUAGCUUUUGAAAGAUGCAAAAUACAGUGAAGGCAAACUACAGUGAGGAGAUGUACAUGGGGUCUGCCGGAAAAUAUCAAACAUUUAUACCACAUGUGCCAGAUUGCGGCCCUUUAGGCGAGGCAUUUCAAUAGCUAAGUCUGACCUGGGCCAGAUCUACACCUUGUGUCAAAUCAUUACGAAUAUGGAAUA